GUAGGAGGGGCCCGGGGCCAGGACUUGGGGCUCGCUUCCGGGUUGGGCGGGCUGUGUCGGGGAGGGUUCUGUGGGGCGCUCCGCUCGCGGAGGGCAUGGACGAGGACGGGCUCCCCCUCAUGGGGUCGGGCAUAGACUUGACCAAGGUGCCGGCGAUCCAGCAAAAGAGGACGGUGGCGUUUCUAAACCAGUUCGUGGUGCACACCGUGCAGUUCCUCAACCGCUUUGCCACGGUGUGCGAGGAGAAACUGGCAAACCUCUCUCUUCGGAUCCAACAAAUUGAAACAACUCUCAAUAUUUUAGAUGCAAAGCUGUCGUCCAUUCCGGGCCUGGAUGAGGUGACAUUUGAAGCAUCUUCGUUAAGUGUCACCAGCGUCCCAGACAGACCCCAUUCCGAAGCCACUUCGGAGCAGGCCCAGCAGAACAAUACACAAGACUCUGGAGCACAGGAAAGUGAAGUAUCAGAAAACACCGUAACUGUGGCUGAGGACCCCAGAUAUGCCAGAUAUCUCAAAAUGGUUCACGUGGGAGUUCCGGUGAUGGCGAUAAGAAACAAAAUGAUAUCAGAAGGACUAGACCCAGAUCUGCUUGAGAGGCCGGACGCAACCGUGCCUGACGGCGGCAGCGAGAGGACCAUGGGAGAGAGCUCAGACAGCGAGUCCUUCAGCGACUGAGCCGCCACAUGUGAGCGCCUCCCUCGGAGCCUGAACUCUCUCCAUCCGGAGGAGUCAAAUGGCCUUGCAUCCCCCACCACGCUUCCGCUGUUACAAUGAAGCAUUUAUAGCUUCCCAGUGCCUCUCGUUACCACAGCAGAGGGCUCCGAAAUGAAAAACAGAAGAACCUGGACUGCAGUGAGUGCCUCAGUACCAAGAUGGGGUGUUCGGGGUCCGAGUGGCUCCCCAACAUGGAGCUCCUGUGAGUUUGGAAAUCAAAAGUAGACUCAUUGCAAAAAUAAAUGAAUUAUACAAUUUUUGAAA